AUGGCUGGCCAACUCCAUUGCUCCCAGUCUGAGAUGAAACAGAACAUCAUGGUGGAAGGGUUCAUCUUGUACUUUCUUACCCCAGCCCUGAAAUCAGUCACUUCUACAGGGAACCCAGGGGUCGCCAGAGGCAACAGGGACCAACGCCAGGCUUCUGGGAGGAGGCUCCUGAAAGGCAGCCAAGAAUGUGAGUGCAAAGAUUGGUUCCUGAGAGCCUCUAAGAAAAAACCCAUGACAGCGGCCGGGCUGCCAAAGAAGCGAUGUCCCUGUGAUCAUUCUACAGUCAGCGUGAAGAAAACCAGACACCGAAGGCACCACAGGAAGUCAAACAAGCAUUCCAGAGCCUGCCGGCAAUUUCUCCAACGAUGUCAAUUAGAAAGCUUUGCUCUGCCCUUGUAA